GUGAAUCGGUUGUUGCUUAGCUCAGUACGUGUCCCGCGUCAUUGCCGUGUGUUCACCGUGUCCUACCGUGUGCGUGUGCAUGUCCGGUAACACGAUCAUUAGCAUCGCGGAGAACAGCAUCCCGAUCGUCGCUAUUUCGUGCGCGUCUGUGAAGAUCUAUCACCACGCAGGGUUCAGGAUUUGCACGGGUUAUUUAGUGGCGGUGAGUCGUUUAUUGUGUCCCCGAGGCUGGAGAACACAGAAGGGUGUGUGAAUCAGCAGCGUUGAAAUGUUAGGACGUGUGUCGACCAACGUCACACACCUGAAGAGCAGCAAGGACUCGCCACCGAUUUCCGUUUGCAGUGAUUUCCUGCUCGGUGGCCAGAGCGACACGAAAAAACGCAGUACGAAAACGGCAGCAGUUUCGGGCAGAAGGGAAGCGAACAAAAAAUAUUUCAAAACUUGUUCUUGUUGCGGCCAGCAGCAAGCCAACAUAGUUGUAGUGGCAGCUCGCGCUGCGUUGUGAAGACUCCCUGGAAACGAGAGCCAAGUGUGUGCUGUAGCCCCCAAGAUCGGUGGUGAUGAAUUUGAACACGUAGUUUUUUCCUGUUGUUGUUAGUAAAAGUAUGAAAAUAUGUGGCAGCAACAGCAGCAGCGGCGUCGAGAUAGACGACGUAUGCAACAGAAUGAAUGACAACAGAAAGCAGCCACAACCGGAAUAAGCUUUGCACAGAUCGAGAAAUGGAAGAAAAAAUGAUCCGUGCGAAGGUCUCACGAAAAACCAAGUGAAUCAUAACAUUGGAAAAAGGCUUUAGUGUGUAAAAACUGAAACCGUGAUGGUUACACAUGUUAUCAAAUGCUACAUCGGAUUAGAAGCAAGUUAUAAGAAAUUAAUAGAUUUUAUCGCAUAGAAACUCGUGGAAACAACACAAAAAAAUAUAUAUAAAAGAAAGCAAAACCAAAGUGUCAAGCUUUAAAAAGCGCUCGGUGGAAGUGGAGAAAGAAGAUAAAGACACAUCCCGAAAGCGAAGGGAAACCAAUUUUACAACAUCAUUAUCAGCAAAGUGAAUUGUGGUUUUUCGAUAAGCCGCCUCUAGUUGUUGCGAGUUGCGAGUUUUGUGCUGCCAGAGAGCUGCUGAAGUGUGCGCGUAGAGAGCGCGUAGAACAGCAAAUCUUGUUACAAUCUUGUUGAGAGUUUGUGAGUUUUUGUUUUCUGUCAUUCAUCUUCUCGUUAUCGUUGUGGUUUUUACUCAAAAUUAAAAAAAAAAGAAUAAUUGUUGUCAUUGAUGUUAUUUCGCUGAGAGAAGAUUUUAUGGUCCACAUAUCUAAGAUAUAGUUACAUACACACAUGAAUACACAAAUCGAGGUGGAAUGUGUUCUGAAAUGCUACUCCCCGUUUGAAGGAAGAGCCGCCGCCAGGAAGAAAAGUGUGCUAAGUGAUUCGUUGAAGAGAUGGGAACCGAUAAAAGCAGUGAAUAAUAACGACGAAUAAGUUGUGUGGUGUGUUAUAUCGACCAAGAAGAGAGAAACGCGUAAAACACGAGAGCAAAUAUUGAAUCGAAAGAAGAAAAAAAAUUGUAGUGCUUGAAUGAGAGAGGCCAGAUCAAAAGAAAACCAAAACUCGGAAAGGAAAAGUAAAAUAUAGUCCUUGCGGAGGAAUUACGAGCUGAAUUGAAAAAUGAAAAAAGAAAAAUAAAUAAGCAAAAGGAGCCAAAAAAGAGUUGCGCUUUCGGUGUGGUGAUUUAUUUUGGUGCGCACGGUUGUGUGAGUGUGUGCGGGUUGCGAUUCCAUUCGAGCAGCGCAUAUGUGGUCGUGUGUGUGUGCGAGCCGGGAUCAGCGCGCUUCUCAUGAUUAGUGAUUAUUCCGCGGUUUUAGGCUUUGUUGUGUUCUGUUUAUUAUCAUAAGCACCCGACGGGCAAAUUUUGUUCGGUGUGUGUUGAUUUUAUUUUGUGUUCAACAAAUUUUCUCCGGCUGGGAAGUGAACAAACAGUGCCUCAAAAUUUGGGAUUACUCUCUAGAAUCGGUGGCUGGCGUAUCAGCGACCACGGAGCGAUUAACAGCUCCCCCGGCGCCUCCCCAGGGCCACUCGCCCCUUCAACUUCUGGAUGAGCCUCAUAUGUCCAUUGCUGCGGCUGAAAAUGCAGGGCUCAGCCCAUGUGAACUUCCACUGCCAGAUCAGUGGCUUGUCCACACACAGCUCUCACAGCUAUCUCAGACGUCACAACAGCAACCGUACUCAUCAUCGUCUUCGCAAGCCAGUGGCCAGAGUUUGGGAUUGGGUGGACUGCAGCAUACAACGCAACCGCAACAUUCGGCGGCCAGUUCCCAGUCACAGCAACCGUCAGCAGCAGCCUCGCAUCCCCACCUGCAGCCGAAAAUAAUGAACGCGGUGGUUCCGGCUGUGUCUGUUCCGGCAGCAACCAAGAAGAUUCGUAGAAAACAAGAUACCAAGGCUUCCUCUUUCCCAUCCGUACAGCCCCAGUCACAGCUCAACAAGUGCAACAACGAGAAGCGACGUCGCGAGCUGGAGAAUGAAUACAUCGAACAGCUCGGCGAGUUUCUCCAGAUCAACAAGCGGGAUAUGAACGCUUGCAAACCGGACAAGGCAGCGAUACUCAGUGAAGUUGUGCGAACGUUUCGUCGUCUGUUGGAGCAAGGCAAUCGGGAUUUAACCAGUACGACAAACCGCUGCUCCAAGUGUUCGCCCGAUUGUAGCGACUCGUGCAAGCUGCAUCCCGUCCAGCAGGGGGAGGUUUCCUCAACCGAACCACCACUGCCGGAACCCUCGGUAAACGGUCACUCGCCGGAGAAGUCGGCCUACUUCGAGGCGGUCCAGCACUACAUCUCCAACGUUGGCUGGGCCCUGCUCGAGAUCAACUCGGAGGGCGUGAUCGAGUGCGCCACCGAGAACGUCGUGGAAGUGCUGCACUACUCGCGCACGGAACUGCACGGACAGUCUAUCUAUUCGUACCUGCAUACCGGUGAUCAUUCGAAGCUGAGUCCUAUUUUGAACAAGAACUCGUUUGAGCUGAACUGGGAUCAAGAUGAGAUGUUCUAUCAGACACCAAAGCGAACGAUUCGGACGAAAAUUCGCUGGCUACUGAAAGCGCCGGAGAGUGCCAACGAUACGAUCGAGCAGAAGCAGCAACGCCAGGACAAAUACAAGGAUCUACUCAUCAUUUCGGCUCCCGUCAAGGAUGAUAUCGACGCCGAGUCGUCGUCGGUCCUUUGCCUAAUUACCCUACCGGAGGACGAACACCAGGACCCCGUCGAAACCAACACUAUGCCACAGACGCUGGACGAGCAGCUGACGCUCAAGCUGGAUAUGAAUGGCACCGUGACAGAUAUUGAUUCAGUGACGCUGAGGAAACAAUACGCAGGGUAUCUCACCAAAGAGACUGUACGGUCAAUCCAUGAUCUCUGCCACUACCAGGAUCGUCCUCGUUUAAACGAACACCUCAACAAUGUGAUGAAGGCGAACGGAACCGCUCAGAUUUCGUCGUAUCGGUUGCGUCUCGGCGGACCGGAUGUGUAUGUGCAUGUGAAAGCCCAAACAAGAUUAUUCCGCAACAACAGACCAAACGAGCCGGACUUCAUAAUGGCCAUCCAUACGCUUCUGACUGAUAAUGAGGUGGCGUUGUUGGAAAGUGGGCAGACGAACAGAAACAAUCCAUCUUCAUCGUCGGCUUCGAGUCUGGCAAUGCCGAGUACGAGCAGUGGAGGUACAUCGCGCCAGCUGCAACAGAUCACGCAGGGAGUUAGCAACAUGGGUGGGCCCCUGAUGUCCAGUAUACUGAACGGGGGAGGUAACAGUUCAGGCCCAAGUGGAUCUGGUGGAACCAGUGGUUUACCAGGAUCUUUGGUAUCGGUUGUGUCUCCACGGAGUAAUCCAAACUCGUCGCUAUUCUGUACGCAAUCGUCGGAUAGUUCUAACUUAUUCAAUUCGGACUUUGAGUUUGAAUUUCCACAUUCCACAUUCGAUAUGGAGUCUGUUGGUGUAGGCUGGGAUUCCAGGCCGGAUUCGCGGACCAGUAUAACCCCGGUCAGUACCCCUCGUCCUCCCUCAGUCACCGCGUACAGUCCUGCCACGGCUCCGAUGUGUCCUUCUCCGUUAACCCCGUAUCACUCGGGUAGUGCCGGAGGCCAGCCUUCCCCCUCAAACAACAACAAUACUAAUCAGCAGGUUAACAACAACAACAACAAUAACAGCAGUAUGACAAAUAACAACAAUGCUGGUCCAUUCGGGAACAACUUCCAGUUCCAGUUCGACGAUAAGGAGAAGAUCCAGGACCAAAUCCAUCAACAGCAGCAGCAACUUCUCCAGCAGCAGCAGCAGCAGCAGCAACAACAACAACAGCAGCUUCUGCAGCAGCAGCAGCAGACACAGCAACAGAUGGCCUCACAUGACUCAGAACGAUUGCGUAAUCUACUGACAACCAAACGACCUCACUCAAAUGCCUCGUCCUCGUCCGGUCUGGAUAUGGACCAUGACCAUCGGAACCCGAACCGGAUUCUGAAGGGCUUACUAAAUUCCGAAGAAGAUAAGGAUAAUAAUGGAAAUAAAUUAAGUACCACAACUCUUUCACAACGUAUACCUCAGUCAGUUAGAGCUCAUCAGUCGCAGGGUAGUGGUAGUGGUGGCUUAGGGGGCAGCCGUCCGGGCAGUGAGAACAAGUCUGGUAGCAAUAAUAUGCUAUUGCAGCUACUGAACGACAAGAGCGACGACGACGAUUUGGAAGGGCGAAAUCGGCCGAGUGAACUGCUGAGACAACUGCAAAAGGUGAAGGAUGAACCCAGGGAACACCCGGCCCCGCUCAACAACGAGGAGCUGAUCCAGAUGCUCCGAUUCCAGGGCAACGAUCGCAAGCGACCCUCGAACGAACCGGACGAGGGUGCCGCCGCGAAGCGACCCGACGAUAAACCGUCCAAACUGCGGGAGAAAAAUAAAAUGUUGGCAUCACUGCUGGCAAACCCGGCCAAGGCACCGACGCCCCUGCUGCCGGGUCAUCUCCCGCUGAACCGUAUCAUCCCCGAUAUACCCAUUUCCAACGUGGCGCGCCAGAUGGCCAGCGUUACCAGCUCGACGCCUCCAAAUCAGACCAUCAACAACAACAACCUUACCACCAACAACAACAAUCUGAAGCAAGUGCAACAGAUGAACCAUCAGCUGCGGAUGCAGCAGCAGCAUCAGAUGCGCAAAGCGUCAAUGCCUUCGCAAUCACAACAGCCACCUACUUCAUCCGAUAUCUACCUCAACCACCAGCAGCAGCAGGCGCUGCUCCAGCAGCAGCUGAUUGCCGCCCAGCAGCGGGCCCAGAGCUUCUCCCCGGCGAUCCAAGAUUCGGGCAUUGGAUCGGUCGGAAGCGGCCCGUUCGUGACGCCUGCCCUGGCCGCAUCGACAACUAGCCAUCCGACGCCCGAAUGGGACCCAGAGCUGAACGAAAUACUUAACCACGUUAUCGACAUCGCACCGGAGGGAAAUUUUGGCGACUGCGAACUCAAUAGUCUUUUAGGUAUAAGUUCCAUUGAGUCAUCCUCAACAGCCGCUCCAUCCCAAUCAAGUCAGCAGGAUAUGCAGGAAAAGCUAGCCAUCAAUGCUAUCCAAAAAUCUCUGAUGCAAAUCGAAAACGUUACCUCUCCGAUGCAGUAUAGUGGUAGUCCGCCGGCUUAUCCAAUGCACGGGAUGGCCUCGGGAGGUUCCCCGGCUGGUCAAAUGCAGAACACCCCUGGAACUCCAACAACACCCAAUCCUAACUUUACACCGCCUCCAGUGUACACGCCCCGAAUGCGAAUGUCUGGACCCGGACCGGGGGUUGUAGGUCAACUAGGGAACGGUUCCACUCUGCCCAACGCCCUAGCCCUCCAGAAACUGCAGAGUCACCAGCGUGAACGAUUGCUCCAGGAACAGCAACGACAACGGCUGCUCCAACAGCAGAAGCAGCAGCAGAUGGUCGUACCGGUGAAUGCUACCGCUAGUGCUGACCUUAACCUGGGCCUUACUCCAGGUAUGCAAAAUAUCGAGUCGCUUCUGAACAACACCGUCGCACCGAAUGUUUCGUUGACCCGAGCUAACAGCGUAGUGCCGGACUCACAGCUCAGUCCCGGAUUCUCGCCUGGGCAGUUGAUUCAGCAGCAACUCAGUCCCAACCAGCGGAAUCAACUCAGUCCACAGCAAACAGGUUUUCAAGGCAACCCUUUCAACAACAAUCCAAGCCAUCGGAUGUCACCUCAACAUCAACAACAUUUGGUAGCGGGAUUUCAGCAAAAUAACAGCGGUGGGCAGCAGUUAUCGCCAAGGCAGCCUCCUUUCAGUAGUGCCCAACAGAUACCGCAGUCCAACGCAGCCACUCUUCAGCAACAGCAACAGCAGUGGCAACAAAGCGCCCAAGCCCGCCUAUCAAUUCAACAACAGAACCCAAUGCUCAAUGCUCAAUUGUCGACGGUGGCCGGUUUCAACUCAGGUGCAGCCAGCCGAUCGUUUGUGACUCCACAGCGGCAACGAUCACUUAACUCCCCUGGAACCCAGCGACAAAGUUCGUUCGGUGGAACGGUAGAUAGCGGUGGCUUUCCCGGACCACCUAGUCCAUCGCAAGGUGGUGGUGCCAGCUCAGGACUCAACCCCGGAAAUCCUGUCUUUGCCAGUCAACAGAUGAGACUACAGCGACAGGGAAGUGUUCCUCCACAGGCUACCCAGCAUCUACCAGGAUCGCCACGUCCCUCGUACGGUGGACAUGGACCUGGUCCGGAUGCUAGUGGCUAUGGGAUGAUGUUCAGCAAUGCCGCAAUGCAGCAGCACACGGCGGGCUCACCAGGCGAUUAUUUUAAUCGUAGUCAAACUGGUAAGAAGCAUCACGACCACCACCACCACCACCACAACCAACGAACACGCACGCACACGAACCAAUCCAUGAAGCGCUCACACAUCCAAAAAAGUUCCAACGGUGGACUGAACUCAUCGGAACUGGUCCGGCAGGAGCUGAGGGCCGUAGUCAGUGGUAGGGCACAAAAUGCAGCGAGUGGCGGUGUUGGCGGUACGGGCGGCCUGCGGACACCGCAAAGUCCAAUCGGUAUGCCGCCUAUGUCGGUGUCUGCGGCCAGUGGCGGAGGCAGCGGAGGAAGUGGCAUAAACGUAAUGGCUGGAAUGGGAGGAAUUGGCCCCGGUAAUGCUAGCAGCAACAAUGGUGGCAGUAUUGUCGGAGGCGCUCAGGGACCUGGUAGUGUGAACAGUGGGGGCGGCGGUGUAGGAGGAGGAGGAGGCGGAGGGGGAGGCGGAAUAGUAGGUGGUAGUUCUGGAAUGGGACCGGGAAAUAACGGUUCCUUACUAAGUCCCGGUAUGGGAGGUAUCACAGGGAAUCUAGUUAAUAGCGGAGGUGGUGGUACAGCAGGAGGCGGCACAGGAGGCAGCGGAGGAGGAAGUAAUACGGGCAGCGGGGACAGCAUGCAGACAUCACAGUUACCAAGUACGUCGUCGUUACUCAACACACCGGGCGACAUGGAUCCAUCGAUGCUAUUCAAUUUUCACCUCGCGCCGAAAGAAAUUGGCGAAUCGAUUCUAGAUAGUAAAUUAUUAGCGUCUUACGAAUGGCCAUCGGGAGCUGACGAAAAUGUCAACCCUGUCAAAAGGAAUACUUCGGAGGCAAUACGAGUCGGUGACCCGAAAAAUUCAUCCCUCCUUCUGCAAAAACUUCUGUCGGAUUAAAGUGAUAAAGUUGUGUUAGGCUUUCCAGAGUUGAGCUGUUUUUGUUUUUUUGUUCUUCUUUUCUUCAAUCUAAAAUUACUAAACAAAAUUAUUAUUAUAUUACACAAGUGGGGCGCGCAAGUUAGCGCAAUUCGGUUCAAUGAGUUUUUGGCAAAAAAAUCAAACAUAAAAAAACAACAAAAAAACGUUAUUCACUAAUUUGGUAUUAACACACAAGAAAUUAGAGAUGGGAUGUCAUGUGAAUGUGAUGUAUGUGAAUAUAGGAAGAGAACACACACACAAAAGUGAUGGUUAUUGCGUUGUAAAUAUUAGUUAUUGUAAAGUGUAAACCAAGUAUAUAAUUUAGGUACGUAUAUACAGAUACAAGCUUAGAAACGUAAACAGAAAUAUAAAUAUUAAAAAAAAGCAGAAAACAAAGUAAGGCAAAUAGAAAUACCUCUAACGUUAGUUCAAACAAAUAACUAAACAAAAGUGUUAAACUUAAAGGUGUAUCUAAAGUAACCAAAAAAACAAAACGAGACACAAGAACAGCAAACAAUAAGAGCGCGGGAAUCGGGUGACAAAUCGCGGAAUCGGUCGAAUUGGUCGAACAAAAAGGACAGACGGAAAACACGUACGAGAUGAGGACUCGGCCACUUCUCGUACCCAAAGAGACUUGCGAGCGAGCGAGCAAAAAACGACAAAAACGAACACUGUUACGAAAAAGAAAAUCUAAAAGAAACAAAAAAAAACUCACAAACAAUGGUUUCGCAUUUAUUAUUAAAAUCAGAAGUGAAACAAGUUAAAUAGUAGUAAAGCGAGAAACACUCAGAGAAAAAAAGGAAAGCAUGGGCUUUAGCGGCUGGAAGUUAUCCAGCAAUAAGAGCACGAUUAAAAAAAAAAUCAUGAUUGUUCAUAGAUGUUUCCUCCUAGAGAACAUAUAUUAUUAACAAACAAACAAACAAACAAACAAACAAACAAACAAAUGAGCACUCUAAUAGCCAUCGCCUGACCCCUCGCCGUCUGUGUUAAUUUGUGUGCAAAUAGCGAACAGUCUUAAAACGUCGUGCGUCGUGAGUGUGAGUGACCUUAGCUGCGUGUUUGAGAAGAAUUCUACGAACCGAGGAGAACCGAGAAGGAACGUGUGCUGUGAUAAUUAUUUCUUUUUGGGAGAUCGCGACUCCGAUCGGUAAUCUGCUGGGAGAGAAAUGGAAUUCAAGGCUAGGCUAGGCAGGGAAAGAGGAAGGGUCGAAUUCAGGAUCAGGGGCCCCCAGCCCGAAAGAUGAGAAAAAGAGGAAGAAAGGGUAAAUCAAUGAUUAUAGGUGAUAGUUUUAAAGGUGAAAAGUGAAACUACGUAGGUACCUCUUAUUCCCACAAACGCUAUUUAUCAGAGAGACAUGUUUAAAGUUGAAGCUAAAUUAUUGUAAAUUUUGUACAUCUUAUGUUUUUGUUUUUCGAAUGGCAAAGCCAAACGGCGCUUAGCAACAACAUUUGCACGCAGAGCAUCAAUUUGGCUAUUGAACCUUAAUACUAUUUGACUAUUAUCCGGUUGUGUCCCAUUCGCCCGAAACACGUUUACCCGAAGCACAUUUACUGUGUAACAAAUACCCGAAUGGACAUUUACGCGAAUGCGACAAAUACCCGAAUACAACAUUUAUCCGAAUGGAAUGUUUACCCGAAUGAAGAAGGAAGAAUCAGUUUUGUCGAAUCUCCUGUUACGAAGUUACGAAGUUUACAUGAGAAAUAGUCAUGAGGAAAUUCGAAAAAGAUGUUGAAGAUUUCGCUGUGUCAUUUUUAGAAAUUAGUGUAGUCACAAUUGACAUGCCGUUUUCUUUCCUUUCCGUAAUGCUCUUUAAGACCAAGAGAUCAUUCAGAAAUAAGCAUGGAUAAUGGAAUAUUCUGAAAAUAAAGCAGGUAAUUUUAACAUAAAAACUUAAAUUGAAAAUGUGAAAAGAAUAGAUAAGAACAAAAAUGGUACCGUAAACCGGGGGCAAAUUGAUCACGAUUUUCAGAAAAAAGUGAAUUUUUCAGUAUUAUUCUGUUACCUUAAUACCCAAUUAUUUCAAAACCAGUACUGGUGCUAAGACCACGAAACGCUAUGGAUAGUUUUGUUAAAAGAAAUCCUUAAGCGUUAAUUUGGAAAAUUUUUAGCGAAGAUUUUCAAAACAUAGCUUCGGAAUGAAAUUGACCAAUUUUUGUUUUUCAUGAUUUUCUACUGUGUUGUGUACAAUAGAGGCGAAUGAACUGCACAGUUUAAAGCCUCUCAAAAACAAAGAAUGAAUGUGUACAAAAUAGUAUAGAAAAUCAUUGCUUUCUUCAUCUACGGUCAUUUGAUUGUUAAUUCAAGGGUUUAAGGAUACGAAAACCUGAUUUAAUCCACCCAAAGGUGUGGUCAUGUCUUACCAUAACUCUAUCUAAGAACUGAUCUGCAAGUCGUCCGGUUUUUUGUAAAAUAGUUUUGACGUGGUACUACGUCUAACCGGAAUAUAUUAGGGGUAAAACGAAAACCUAAACACAGAACAUGGAGGAAAAAAUGAAAGAUUGCGAAUGCUUAUAACUCGAACAUUUCUUACUGGAUUGGAAAGAUGUUUGCAUCAAUUGAUAGGGAAUAUUUCUACGUAUCUAUCGCAAUUAAUGAAAUGUCAUUUUUCAUUAGAUAAACAAUUGAAUAACUGUAAAAUGUUAAGCGUUAUCCAAACGCUCUAUGUGCCCUGUUUUGAUUGAUCCGAUUUACGGUUUCCCCAACACAGCCAUCGGGAAAUCGGUAUUGGAAAUACAUGAAAGUAGGGGGAUGUUUGUUCUCACUGAAAUGUGUUCCCUAACACAGACUUCAGAACCAAAGUGUCUGGAUCACUCAAAUAGAAGAAGCAGCUUCUAAUAAAAAUAGCACCCUCUCUUGGGUUCCCGGUCAUACCGGAAAUACUGCCGCCGACAAAUUAGCCGGUAGGCGUAGUACCCAAGAACCCCCUAAUAUGCCCAUUCCUCUGAUGCGAAACUUUGGGUAAAACAGCAGAUCCGCCAAAGUUGGGACAUAGCCUGGAGAAAAAGUAGAACAACUUUUCUACAAAGAAUUGAAAACAACAGUCUUCCAUGGCAUGACAGAAAUAACAGUAAGGAAAGACGGCUUCUCACCCGUCUUCGAAUUGGCCACACCAAAGUCACUCAUACUUAUCUACUUCAAAGGAAAGAAAACCCUCAAUGCUCUUGCAAUGAGACCCACAUUUCUGUAAGUCACUUACUACUGGAUUGCCAGCAUACAAAGGACGCUAGAAUUAAAAAUAACAUAUGACAGAUCUUAAGAAAUAUUCUAAGUAACGAUGAAAUACAGGAAAAUAAUUGGAAACUGAAUGACCCCGAAGUAGGACCCCGAAUUUCUAGUUCCGAGUCAAUCUCCCCUAUUCUGUAUUUCGAUCGAUUCGAAAUAUUUCGAACGACUUGAUAAAAUUCCAUUCUGUAUUCCGUUCGAGUUGUUUUUGCAUUUCGUUCGAUCUGUUUGCCUUCGAACAUUAAAUGGGCGAAACGUUCGAAAUAGCGAUUGCGAAAUUAUAACUCGAACGAAACAACGGUUUCGAACGAAAUGAAAAUCCGUCGGAAUACAGAAUAAGGCUAAAUAUGUUGUUUCGUUCAGCCAGUAAAGUGGUAAAAACUGGAUCAAUGGAUCCGAGCUUCAUCGUCGGUGAUUUAUUGCCUUUGAUUUGUUGGUGGUUCUAGGAAUUCCAGAACUGACUGAUGUUGUCCUGAUGGACAUGCCGUUAUCUACUGCCGCUUUAGCCAUAUUCAGCUUUCCCAUCGUCCAUUGCAUCCACGACGACUUCCUUAUGUACUUUCGAGGCAUUUGUGUGUAAAGAGACGAGCAAAAAUAUGGUAUUUCAGUUGAUAUGAAAAUCAUUCAAUAUCACAACGUGUGGCGCUUUUACCCCGUCGAAAUUGGUCCGUCUUCCCCCCAGAGCAACUUUUGCAUUAUAUUGCACUUUACACUCAUUAUAUUCAUUAUAUUUUACAUACAUUUUCACGCAGGCAAACCGGAACUAUCUACCGAAUGACUGAGAUACUGGCAACUAACGGAAUGUACAGUUUUUGCUGGAGAAAUUCUUAUUUCGGUUGCCUUGAAAAUUAGAUCGCUUGCAACCACAACGGACGAAAACUUUGUUUUGUUUACAAUGUUGAUAUUCCGUGCGCUCAAGUGUUACAUUUGUGUAUUUUUCGAAUAUAUCCUUCUUUCGGGUGAGUGUCGCAUUCGGGUAGAUGUUACAUUCGGGUAAUUGUUACAUUCGGGUAGCUGUCGCUUUCGGGUGAAUGUUACAUUCGGGUAACUGUCUUCCGGGUGAGUGGGUUUCGGGUAAAUGUGACACAAUCCUAUUAUCCAUGCGUAAUGAAGGAUGCGGAUUCUUCACUUCCGAUCAAGUCCAACAAAAUCGAGUGAGGAGUGUGUCUGCACAGAAAGUUGUAUAUUUUGUAUCUAAACUGUAAAAUUUUGUUUUGUAUGUGAACUGUAAAAACUUGAGGUUGGUUCGACUGGAUGACAUUUUAUAAUCAGACAGAGUUGAGCUGCUGAAGAAUUUUCGAUGCCACGGAAACUUAUCGUGUAUAGCCCCGUUGUGUCAUUGCCGGAACAACUGAUGAAACAAAACUAUCCUGCUAUCUCAGACGUCACGGGUUCAAAUCCUCCCUUCCAUCGAUCCCAGUUUUGAUAAUUUCGAUUUUCAUAUAUUUGUUUUAGCGAUGAAAAAAUUCUGGCCCACGCCCAAUCUGUCUGAUCCGCUCCCAAAUCGAUAAAUAAUCGAACAAUACUCUCACCGAUUUCGACUGGUCUGGGAAAACUUUUCAUUUUUUGUCAGUUGAUAUUUUUGUCACAUGUUAUCCAUUGGUUAUAGUUCAUCCAGUUAUUAUGAUUGAGCAACAAUUCAACAAAAGCAUUUUAUCUGUUGUACCGUUUUUUAUUUCUCCGAUGUAUGUCCUAUUUAUAUCCAUAGAUUAUUUAUUCGGAUUGAGUCAACCAUAUGAGCUGGCAAAACGUUGGAAAGGGUGCACUCCUCGAAACACGGAGAGCUUCGGUACGAAAUCGGUUGAGAUAUAUUGAUGGAAACACUUCUUCACCCUCCAGCCUUUUUUCGUUCUGUUUUAGACAUAAUCUAGUAAAUACUCUGUCUCCAUCCAGAAAUAGUCGAAUCAAUGCAUUAAUUGUAAUUUAAAUUGAUUUGACCGCCGAUGGCGGUAAGCUAAACAAAUACAAAUAUUAAAAUAUGACGAAGAAGAAAGAACGCUAUUGAUAUAUAUAGAUUACAUGCUGUUUAUUUUAAUUAACACACUAUUUAGAAGUUUCCCGCUCUUCAUUUUAUUAUAUUACUUAUAAAUACAUUAUACAUAUUAAUUUAAUUUAAUUAUUAUUAUUAUUACUACUACUAUUAUUAUUACAUUAUACAUUUACAUGUUGAGGUUAGUUUUAUUUUGUGUUUUAUGCAAAAAAGAUGGCGAAAUAUAUUAUUGUUGUAAUAUUAAAAGUAUUGUUCUUACGUUCCACCUCCCUUUAUAUUUUUUUUGCAGCUACCUUUCUUUCAACUAUCUGUGCCAUAUAUACAGUCAACUCUCCCUUACUCGAUGUUCUGUAACUCGAUAUUUUCUCUAACUCGAUUAAUUUCAUGGCUCCUUUGAUUUUACAAGCAUUCUUCUUUCCAUAACUCGAUCCCUGUCUUACUCGAUGGGUUUUGAUUCAUUUUUCCACGGAUUUUCAUCUCCCUAACUCGAUUGAUUUUCGCGUACAUUUAAAGGUAUUAAUUCUGCAAUCAUGUGUAAUGGUAAUUGUAUCAUACUUUCUAUUUCUUCUCAAAGACGUUCAUGUGGUCAGCGCACCCAAAAUCUCUCCGACCAAAGCUCAAAUCGAUAUGUUUACAAUUUUUACACAAAUCUUUACUUCCGUAGCUCAGCAGCUGGACUUCGACAUAAUCAAGAACCUGUACCGGUACUAUCGCCAUUUUCGAUUAAUUAGUUCGAUUAGUUAAACGAAGACUGCAAGAAAUGGAUGAUUCGACGGUAUAUUUGUCCUUUUUAACCUUCAUGUUAUUCAGCAUUCUUACUGUAUUUAAAUGCACUCUAGGACCCUUCAGAUAUACCGGUAUUGGAUGCAAUUGAGACUAUUUAAAAUUGCUUCAGGAAAGCCUGGGUAAGUCUGAGCUUGCUGAUGUCGACAGUACAAUACCGUUUAUUUGUUCAACGUCCUUUAAUGAUUAGUGCUAGAGGCGAAUGAACUACAAAGUUUAAAGCCUCUGAAGAAGAAUGAUUAGUGCGAAAAAGACCAAAACGUGAUUUGCUGUGAUCUGAUGCCAGAUAUCGAUAUACUGAAAUGUGUUGAAAAAGCUGAGUAAAACGCUGAAGAUAGUAAUCCUAUCGAGUUGGAGAAUAUUCAGGAAGGUUUAGAUGAUUGUGUCGAAAUUACACCUUCGAACGUUCAAUCAAAGCUGAAGAAUAUGUCCGGAAUAUUGAAAUCAACUGAAAAUGUACCUGUGAAACUAUUUAUACUUUCUUCGUGAUCGCUACAAUUUAGUUUGAAUAACAUAUUUAAUCAAUAUUUUCUUCGUUAAUCUCGUUCCUUAUACAGUUCGGACUCGAUUAUAUAUGAUUCGAUUAUUAGAAACAAUCAAGUUUAGUAUGAAUUGUUGGGAUUAAAAUAAUAAUCACACAUUAAAAAUUACUAACUUUUAAAUUUUCUACUUCCAAAAUGUUAUUCAAAUCCACUAAUUUAGAUGUUCCACUACUAAAUCCCGUACAAAAUUUUCUCAUCUUUCAAAUGUAAGCAACAGAAUCGGCACGCGUAGCGUACUUUUCAAUGUAGAGCCAGUUUGAGGCAACAGAGUCCGAAACAACAAAAAAAAGUUUUACACUGCCCAUGAUUGCAUAGGAGACGUAAUCGACAACACCAUUAGUGUUGGGAAAACGUUUUUUUGUUGUUUUUGGCUUACAAGCAAAUUUCCGAUGAAAUGAUCUGUCCAGUUGAAGGAUAUUAGCGGCAAAAAGAGGGCCUAGGUGAUUUUGUGGAUUAUAACAUAUUUUUUUUUUUUGGAAAACGCUUGUGUCUAUUUAUGCGGACAAUCAAUCGUUUCAAUGAACAUUUGUCCGCAUAGCUAGACGUAAUCACCAGGUUGUUCUGUUUGUAGCGUUAGUAUUGACAAUUCCGAUAAUAGUCAAAACGUCUCAUUCGGUAGUUUCAGUUGUUAUCGGAUAAAAUCAAAAAGGGUUGGAAGAAAUUUAGUGAACUGUCUGGAAAAGUCUUGCGAGUCUAUGAUAUUACUUUUUUCUGAAGAAUACUCUGGGAUAUGAUAAAAAUAGUUUUUCAAUUAAUUGAAUUUGUAAAGGCAAUCUGCAAAGUUGGUAAUUUUAGCAACAUGAUUUAUCAAUAUCACGAUCAAUCGCAUAAAGAUGGUGGAGUGACUUACUCCAACGGUAUGGGUAAAUGCUGAGUAUGUGGAAUAAUUCAAUGUUGAAUCCGAGGAGUUAUUAUGCUAAGAACCAAUAUUAUAUUAAUUUUACUACUGAUCUGAUUGUUUCAUUAUCUACUUGAAAAUUUAAAUGCAAAAGUUUAGGUAAUUAUAACAUUAAAAAAGACAAUUGCUUCUAUUUGUUCAUCGUGUACAGAAAAUAGUAAUUAUAUGAGCAGCGUUUCAAUGGUUUCUUAUAUUCAUCUAUUAGGAAACACUAAGUAAUAAGACACUAUCGUGACAGACAUGUUUGGACUCUACAAAGCAUGUGAUUCAUAUGUAGAUUUAGCUUAUAGCACAUAAUGCUGACAAUUGUUGAUUUCCGAACGAUAUAUGAAAGCUGUAUGAAACUACGUCUGUUAUGCGGACAAACAGUGAUUUUUCGGAAACGAUUUUCCAAAAUUGCUCAAAUGUUUUCGAACAAAAAAUGUUCGUUUGCAUGUUGAGCAAACGUAUUACAUUGUGUAGAAUGCGAAACAGCGAAAAAGUCGAUUUUGUUCAUUUUGUCGUUUACGUCUCCUAUACAAACAUGGGCAGUAUAACUCUGUCAUCGUUGAAAUUCGAACAUAUGCGUAGAAGGAUUUUUAUCGUCAAAUAUAACUGUCUAUCACUUUCUGAGAGAUUCUGGAAAAAAAAGAGUUUAUGCGAGAAGGGUGUUUUAUGAAUUUAAGGGGAUGAAUCUAAAAUUGAUUUUCAUACCAUAAUUGGGACACUUACCCUAAUAUAAUAUAUUUGCAAUUUAUGACAUAAAAAAAACUUAAAAAAAAUGUUCUGUAUCUCGAUACCUCCCUAACUCGAUGGUCCCCUUGGAUAUCGAGUUAGGGAGUAAUAUUUAUAUAUUUGAGUAGUAUUUGCUGUUCCUCAAUUUUUUUAUUAGUCAUUCAUCAGUAAUUAAUUUUAUCCACAAGUUAUCUACUGAAGUUUUCAUCCGCCUCAGGCUCCUAAUUUGAGCUUUAAUAGUCAUGUUUUGUUCAAAUACACUGUGUAGUAAACUACGAUACGACAUAUCUUUGGAGAAGUGACCGUGAAUAUUCACCGUUCAAAUGAUUUCGGUUUGGGAAGACCGAUCUAAAACGUCUAUCAGUUCCAAAAACGGAAUUGCAUCAGAUUGGGACACCACAUGUUUUGCUAGCCGACUUCCAUCUGCAUCAAUUGGAUGGAAGACACUAGACUUGUGGGAAAGUAACGUGGACGACAAUCGACUUCCGUUCCGACAACAUUUUUUACAACCAAUCUUCUGGUGGCAUUCUUUGUGUCUUCAUCUCGACUAAUUUCAUCGACAAUGAAUUCUGCGUAGAGAGAAGGUAUCCAACGGAUUACUGGUGCAAUACGUGGACAAAAUCAAUACCACGUAUUCCGGAGAUGCCUCCAUAUACUUGCAAUCCGAACAGUGAUCCGAACGCGUGUCCAAUGCAGGAAGGAAGGUAUUGUAUUAUAGAGACUUUAAACUUUUGCAGUUCAUUCGUCUCUAGCCUUGAGAAAGGCCCUUUGAAAAUUCUACUCUACUCUAUUACUCUACUCCAGCGCUACCACCUCCGCCCUCUUGCCUUGAGAAAGGCACUCGAUCCCUCGCCGUCCAGCUCGUCCAGCAACGAUGUUGUCCAGUCGGUGUCCACACAAAGAAUGAGGGGUCCAAUGCGAUGAAGGUACUUGCCUUAAAUAGCUACGACUAUAUUUUUUUACGUAGGACUACGUCUUUGAUUUCUAUAUAGGGGGAUCACUCUACGAAAAAUGUAACAAAAAAUUGAGAGAUUUCAGGUGCAUAUUAAACAAAACCGUUAUUGCGAUAUAUGUAAUACUAUAUACCAUUAGAGAGAAAUUCAUUCAGCAUUUUUUCUGAUUAUAACACAAACAGUGAAGAUAGUAAAACAUGUAAACAAUUUAUCCAAUUAAGUAGGCAUGUUUUUUAGAUUAUACUGGCUGCUUGCGCUGUGGAGGAGGAGCAACAAACAACAUGUUUGCAUACAAUUCGGGCGUUAGCCUCCAUGGUAGAGACAGGCAAACCGUUCAGAACGGUACGAAAGAACUAGUUCGCCAAAAAGAUUAAACGAACGGUCGUUCUUAAAAAAAGGUCGCUCGCCAUGCGAACUGAUUCUGAAUGAAUUGAUUGCGAACGAACGGUUUGAGAACGAAUGAUGCGCAGCUGAAUUGUGUAUUCAGUUAAUAUUACAAUUAAAUUUGCUUCUCGAAAGAGCUUAAAAUUUUUAAUUUCAUGUAUGUUUUUAUUUAUGUGUUGCAUAACAUAUACUGAUAUACUUUCUGUUUAUCAGAGAAAAAAUCCGGAGGACGCUGAGAUAAUUCAUGAAUGGGAUAGACAAAAAAAUUUCUAGCGGAGGAUCAAAUUGAAAAAAAUGUUUUCUUUUGUUGUUUUCAAUUCAUUGUUUGGCCUAUUGUGUGUAUGUGUUACCGUGAUUUUAUUACCGGAAUGUUUGUAAAAAUUGUAAAUUGUCGUUAAGGGAGUAUUUCUCUGAUUGAACUACUAUCAAAUAUGAUAUUUAAUGAAAUGUAGGUUGAGUUCCAUCAGAAAAUAUAAACAAUUGUGUCUAAAAUCUAUCUAUUUGAUUUUUUCAACAGUUUACUUUUGAAAAUCGAAUAAUCAAUCGGAAUCAAUAAUUAAUGAUUCCGGGUUCCUUCCGCCACUACAAUUUUUACAAUCCGUUUGAAGUUCUAUUCAAUUCAUAUAACAAAUGGUUUUUCUAAAGCCCCCAUUUGGAGUAUUGAAUAAGGUUAAAUUGUGCACCCGUGGCCGAGUGGUUAGCGUCAUAACUAACAUGCCGGGUGUUCGGGUUCGAUUCCCGUUCUGGUCGGGGGAAUUUUUCGUCAAAGAAAUUUCCUCCAACUUGCACUGUGAUCACGCGUAUACUAGAGCUUGCCACUCAGAAUGAAUUCAAGGCGUGUUAUUUGGCAUAGAAAUCUUAACUAAGUACUAAUAAAAAUGACGCAAGUAAUACUACGUUGAGACGGCGAAAUUCCUCUAGGAACGUUAGUGCCAUUGAAGAAGAAGAAGAAGAAGAUAAGGUUAAAUUUACGGAUUUCUGAACAGUUACGAAAUUUCCUCAAAGUCCUACGUCAAGCUUCCGUUCGUUCCUUUAGGCUCAGACUCUUCUACUUUUUACUACUGGACCGAUUCAGAUGAUCGAAAUACCAAAUUGGAGUCAAUGCGCUAGUCUUCUGGAAAAUUAUUACAUAUGCGAAAAAAAGGGAUUUUGUUUUCGUAAUUAUUUUUUUUUAUCCCAUUUAUUUAUUUAAGGCUCAUUAGCAUUUUAGCUGUAACAGAGCCAAAUUUGAAUCGUGUACAUGUCACAUGGUUAUCAUAUAUCUAUAACUAGCACAUUACACAGUUGCCAUUCGCCAGUAUUCCUUCUAUACCAUUACAUAUGGUAAAUUCACACAGUAGCCAUUUAGGCGUAAGAGUUGUAUGCUUUCUGUUCCAUUAUCCAGUUGGACCACCGGACAGCGGAGACAGUUGAAUGAUCAUUGUUGAGUUAUUUAUAGAACAGCAGCCCGAUGUGUCUUGCAGAGCAGAGCAGUUGUAUGGAUGAAUCGAUCUUAUUUCGACCGUGGAUCGAUCUCCAUCGCUGAUGAUUGUUGCGUGGACGUAGCUAUUCUGUAACAACACAAAGAUGGUCAAUGAGGGUCCUGAGUUUUGAACUCACGAUCGAUCGCUUACUAAGCGAACGCGCAACCAAUGUGGCUACGAAGACCCCCCUCCGUAAUUAUUGAUUGCAUUCAUUUUUAUAGAUUAGGGUAGGACGGGGAUUGUUGGUCAUAGGGGUAUGUUGGUCAGUGACGAUAUCUUGGAAUCUGAGCGUACAAAAAAUUAGCGAUCUAUGGAUGAAAAAAGUGAAUAGGGUAAAUGAUCUUAGUUUGUCCAAUUUGGGGUGAUUUUACGCAACUAGUAAAUGCAAAUCGAUUUUUCUUCACACAUAAUUGAUACGAGUUUGGGUUUGUUGAAAAGCCCCAAGUCUCUAGUUGCUAAUACUACCAUAAGGUGUUGAAAUUAUUCAAAUUUUUAUGUUUUUUAACGAUUUUCCUUAAAGAAGAAUUAUGAUCAUGGUUUGACCACCUCUGAUCAUGGUUUGCCCAAAAAAAAUGAUCAUGGUUUGUCCGGUUUCAGAAAUCUCCAUUUUUGAAUGAAAACAUUCGAAUUCACAAUUAGAUGUUGUAUUUAUCAUUGCUUGAGUUUACUGUCAUCAUAUUGAUUCAUUCAUAAUUUAGGCUUUCUUCAGAAUAUUGCCUUUUCUUGGGCAUUUUAGAAGUGUUCACCUCAACACAAUCAACACAGAAAAACCAUACUUCUGCUAUGCGCGAAGCACACCAUAAACAAACAUAAACAAACUGCAGCGCGCCAAGCGGUUGCCAUAGAAAUCAUAUGGACAAAACAACAUUAUUGAAUUGGACAACUCAUGAUCAGAAUUGAGUUCAUCAAAAUGCGUUAAUUUAAUGGUUUAGCUAUGUAAAUCCGAUACAAAUGGUGAGCAAGCAUGAUGUUUACAAUAUUUAUAUGUAUGGUAAUCCAGAAAAGGUCUGAAUACGUGCCAAAUAAUCAUCUGGUGAUCGAUUAAAAGUUAGCUCGAAUGAGGGGCGCAUUGACACAAAUAGAAGGUGUAUUUUAUAAUCCUUUAAAACAUGUGAUUUCGUAAAAAUAUACUAUCAAACUACUAUAAAUCAUGUAAAAGGCAAUUUCAUUCAUAUGUUUCGAAACAUUCGAAGGCCUUAUUUGACACAGGAGCGCUGAAUUAGAGCAUUCAAAAAAGUGGGCAAACCAUGAUCAUAUUUUCGACUGGACAAACCAAGAUCAUUUACCCUAGCUGAUACAAAAAAAUAAGCAAAUUGGAAAAACUUUUUAUUAAGCAGGUUAAAAAAUAUGGACAUGGUUCCGAUUUUGCCGAAAUCAUUCACGGUUUGCGCAUUAGAAAUAACCAUGAAAAUAACCAUUUCUGGUUGAUAACCACGAAAAAAAUCGGCUCAAACGUAAAACAAAGGUUUAUUGUACGUAUUAGCUUUAAGUGUUAAUGGAAAUUGCUUUUAAAAUAAUUUUUAUUAUGUUUUCAUGAAUAUUCUUUUUCAUAUAGAGAGUGGCUAGUUGGUCACACAAAUUGCUCGUUUAAGAGCAACGCAUAUAACAUUUUCAGGUAUGCCGCGUUUCAUUACGCAAGCUAUAAACAAAUAUAGAAAGCAUAUGUUUUACUGCUAAACCCAGUGUAUUUUUGAAAUGAGAUUUCUGAACAGCGUAGAGAGAAGGUAUCCAUAUCUGGAGGCGAUUUCUAUAUACUUUAGGGUGAACGGUACAAAUGUCAUCAAAACAAAUGCAAGCAAGAAUGAAAGCGGUUGUGCGUCGCAGGGAUGCCAGGUGAUUUUUUUUUCAAAAGUUUUGACAUGGUACGAGAAAAUGUCUUCACCAUAAUAUCGAAGGAAAGUUCUUCACACAAAAACGAAACUGUGAUAACUCUAUUUGUUUAUUUCAGCUUUGAAAUUUUGGUUGUAACUCAAACCAUAUCCAUGAAACUAAUUGUAGAAAACGGUAUGUAUCCGGAAAACCUUCGAUUUGUGAAUUGGUCGUUUGAAAGAUCUAGGUUAAUAUAUUGCAUAGUAGGGCCAAAAUAAUAGAAAUUCAAUGUCACAAUCAUUCGAAUUUUCGAGCGCAAAUGAACUAAUGUUUACUAGAGACAAUAUGUAUUCAGACCGCGUCGUUCGCUGAGAUUAAAGCCCUAUUUUUCGACGAUAUUUUCGGCCAAUAGUUAGAAUGUCAUGGAAAUAAUAUCUUUUUAAAAUCCACGUACGCUAUCAUACUGAAAUGUAUUCACAUAUAAUGUUCACAUAAUGUUUUCAAAAUGUCAUCACAAAAUCAAAUGUCUUUAAAAUGAAGACAUUCUUCAAACCUGGCAUCUCUGGUUCGCCACAAAGUGGAAGACAGACGAAAUCGCUAGAAAAGAUUGUCUGACUAAUUUUCAACGAUGAUAUUUGAAAUUUUCAUUAAUUUGUUUUUUACAUGCUACAUGAUAUUGUUCAACUGUUUCUGUUUUGAUUUAAUUAAUUAAUUUAUAAUGAAGGAAACUUCUAAUGGAAGAACGCUUAUUAUUUGCUCAAAAAUAACAUGCCUAUUGGUCAAUUCACCCCGUGUGUAGCGUUGGUUGGUCAAUUUAUUCUGAAAUAUAAAGACGUUAAAUAAAAGAAAAAAUUGAAAUAAUUGAUUCUCUGGUCAUUUUUCGUUGAAAGGGUAAAAGGUAAGCUUCAUUGUGGUACAUAACAUUCUAACGCAAAACUUCGUACUACAAAGUUAUAACCAAAUUUAUUCGAAAAUGACCAACUAGCCCCGCUCUACCCUACUUGGUUAACGAAAGCGGACGCUAUAGUUUUUUAUAUCUUUUUUUGAAAGCUGAGGUUUUUUUUACAUAACAUAUUCAAAAAUCAGAGAGGUGUUUUUUCGCUUUUAAUUUAUGUUUUUUUCAAAGUUAACAUGUUUUGUUUGCGCAAAUAGUUUAAUGAAGAAUAUAACAAAACUAAUUUUAUUCCGAAUGGGUAUCGAUCUGGAGUUCUUAAAGUCCGAGAAAGACGUACCGAAAUUCAAUUUAAUUAAUUUAUGAGGUACUAAAGUACGAAAUUUAUUCAAGUCUCUACGUAUAACAUAAUAGUCGAGGAUUUGAAAUCAUAAUAAGUGUUGAUAAUUUAACCAUGUUACAAUCGCUAUAAAUCAUGACGCAUGGCAGUCUAGUAGCAUAGAAAUAUUGAAUGAAGUCUGAGAAUAUGUUAACUUUGAAAAUUCAUAACUCAAAAACGAAGAAAAUCUCUGAUUUUUGGAUAUGUUAUGCAAAAAAAACAUCAGCUUUCAAAAAAAAAAAAUAAUAUAGCGCCCUAUGUCGUAUAAUAUUUAAACAAUAGAAAUCAAAUACAAUCAAUAAUUACGAAAACAAAAUCCAUUUUUUUUUCGCAAAUGUAACAUUUUUUUCAAAAAAGACUAGCUCAUUGGCUAUAAUGUUAUACUGACGAUUUUCACUUUUCUUCACAAAACGUUGUUUUUAUGCAUAAUCUUACGGAAAAACACAAAAAGAUAUAUAGUUUAUUCCCAACUUUAAAAAAAGUCACAGGAGGGUUGUGUCCAAGACACGACCGCAUAGCUGACGUAGGAUUCCGUUAGACUAUCUGUUGAUUUUGGAUAUGUUUGAAGAUUUACAUCUUUAAACUCUUUAAUAAUGAGUUGGUGGGCCAGAAAAGGGCCGUUUUGUUUGGUUGUUGGGUAUUGUACGUUAACUCCACCAGUGUUCACCGAGUGAUGAUGGCAGAAGGAUGGUAAAUAGUCGUUAGAUGGUGCGUAUCAGAUUAUCUUUUACCGAAGUGGAACGAGAUAUGAUGAAAACCGCCCUCUGCGAUCCUAGACGAGAUACCUCCUGUGUUAUGUAUGGAUGAAAUAAAGAAAAAAAACUCACCAAUGUAAUAUAAGAUAAUUACCAAUCCAAUACCGAACACAAUCAUAAUUUUUUCUCAUCAGUAAAAACAUGUUACUUUAAUAUAGAGAAAACAUAUUUGGAAUGGAAAAGGUAAUGUUCUUUUAUAAUUUUUAAUUUCUGAGUGUUUAUUCAACCCAAUUCGAAUUUUAAUUGGAAUAACAACACCUAAUAUUAUAUAUAGAGGAUAUGGGAAAUCACUUUUUUCUAAUAUUUAUUCAUUGUUCCAAUUUUUCUCGCCGUAUAAACUUUCCUUGAGUGAAAAUGAACACAACAAAACAGACAGCUUAAACCAAACGACUUGUUUUCGAGCGGGAACGCACCUUGGUUUUUGAUUUUAGUAAAUUAAAAUAAAUCGUUUCAUAUAUGAAGUCAUUUUUAACACAACUACUUCCAUAUACAAUUUUACACUUACACUUGGUGCUAAAUUGUUCACAAUAAACGAUCGGUCAUUGAUAUGAAAUUUCACGAAGCAACCCCCGACUUGCAUAUAUUUGCAAUGUCGAUUUCCCCCAGGCAGCUUGGUUUUGAUGUCUCUGUUAGGGACCCGCCGCAUGUGUUGUCAAUUUCGACCAAUCAGAAUGUUUUGGUUUUGGUGGGUAUUUCCGUUAGGAUAGGCGAUGAGAUUUUUCAAUUGUUUGAUAGUUAGUUUCAUGACGUAUAUUAUUUUCUUCAAUAAAAAAGUUGUUAUGGAGUACCGAAAUCAAUUGACGCAAAAAUUUCAUCAAUCCAUCAUGAAAUGACUGAGUAAUAAGCGUUUGAAAUUGGACAAUUUUCACGAUGCAAUCGAUUUUCGGUUUUCAAUUUGUACCCCAAUAUGUUCCCGAAAGACGUAAUCCUACGUCAAAAAAAAAACAACAUCAAGCUCAAUUGUCCCAUGUUGAUAUUCUAGGCAUAACAUGAAUUUUUAAACCCGUAAUCAAGCUUGAUUGAUUCAGUGAGGGGAUCUCAUCACAUUUCAUCAAACAAUAGUAUAGUGCUUAUAAAAAACCCGGUGUAUUGCUAAACUGAAAUGCUUAAAGCUUUUGGUAGACAAAUAUGCGAGAAAACUUUGAUUGCGUUUUUCUCAGUUGCUAAUUUUGGAACAUGGGAAAACUAUGCGUAGAUAUGAUUUUUUUAAAGCUAUUUUAGGUAAAAAGGGGGAAAAUUGGGGGCCCCGUCACCCAGAUAUGGGUGACCCUCUUCUCGUUCAUAAUUAGUAGGAUUUUUAAAUAGAGUUUGAUGGAAUAAGUAUCUAUAUUUAAAUUUAGAAUGUGUAGAAAAAUCAUCUAUAUUUCGGAUGGUACUACUUCUUAUGAAGCUCAUAUAAUGCGACAUUGGCACUUGUUAUAGUUUGUAUGUUUCAAUUAUGUGCGUCUUCAAAUUCGAAAACAAUAUUGGUGGAUUAUGUAAAAGUUGUCUGAAAACAAUAUUUGACCUUUGUUAAUAUUUAUCCGCAAGUUGGAUGUGGACGUCUUCGCUAUGUCAACACGCUUUCUUCCUCUGGUAUGUAAUCUAGACAUACUUUCGUGGAGGAUAUUUACGCUUCAGUUUGAAUAAUUUUGUGCCAUGCUAACGUGAGAAGUAGUCCUGAGCCAAUCCCUUUAUUACCUUAUAAUGGCUAACGAUGAGAAAUAACAUCAAGAAACUCAGCCAAAUGCCAGCUCGGUAAUCGACUCGACAGAGCUUCGUUUGAUGUUGUUGAAAGCGGACACGGUCAGCUGAGAAGCGACAAUGAAUUGUCUUUGUCAAGGCAGUUGGAGAACGAGUUUGGAUUGAAGUUGUCCACAUUGGUCCUUUCCAGGGCUAGAGACGAUUGGUGGUAGUCUGUUUGGUGGUAAUCGAGUCGACAUCGAAUAUUGGCGUGCGUCGAGCGUCGAGCGAGUAGAUAGCCGCCAAGAAGAAACCGAAAAAUGUCAUCACUGUUGGCAAAUAAUCUUCCGCUACAACCGGAAAAAAAACAGCAGCCGCUGUCGAAAAACUCAAAGUUUCUACUGUGAUGACGGUAAGCAACAAGAACAAGGCUCCCGUUACUGCACUAACUAAUCCAACUAAACCAUCGAAGUCCGUUGCACAGAAGUUAAAAACACCGAAGCCAAAGAAAGCAGCAGAGCGGUUCAGAAAAUAGUUACAGUCAUCACACAUCACGCACAACACGAGGGAUUUUCUUUUCAGUAAACAAAAUCCAGUUCAUCUCAGAACUAAAUAUUACUUCGAAGCGUUUCUAAAAUACUGCGAUCAAAUACAUUCUUUUUAUAAUUUCUUCGAUCAAGUGCGAUCCACGUAAUAUUACCUCUUUCUGCAACUUAUUAGGGGUACAUUGAUUCUUGAGAGACGUUGACAUGAUUCGCCGUCAAACGAUGUUUUCUCAACAAUUUCUCAAACGGAAAGUGGGUGUUGUGACGAAGGAAGAGCGAGCGCAACAUCUAUGUGGACUGAUUGGAAAGGACAUAUAUUUUGUCUAUUGGAAAUGAUAUAGAUGUAACUUCGAACGAAUGAUCACUAAACCAACGAGAGCCUUCCCUCCCCCUACACCCAAACUAGCGUUGGCUGAAAACAUUUCAUCUUUGGCAGAAAUGAUGCCAUUUCGUGUGCUGGAGGGUCAAAUGCGCAAAGAAUGAGCUAUUUUAAAAGCUUAAAAAUGGUUUGUAUGUAUGCGAGCAGACAUCUCUUUCUGUUUUCUUUUCUCAUUUCAUUUGGGAUUGUGCCAAAAAAAAGUCCAUACGGCGUCAAUGGGGAUCUAAGGCCGGCUGGAAUGCAAAGCUAUUUCACACGACCACGCUAUCCAUAUAGCUGCCAGUGCUGUUAUAUAGAAUCGUGAUAAUAUUACACCUCAUCAUAACAUGAAGUUGGAAAGUGUUUUCUUAGAAGAUAAAGGAGAACAUGAACGAGAAUAUAUCUUUCUCUGUCUGGGCCGUGUAUUUGGCAAACUAUACGAAAAGUUUUCAUAUGCUUUCAUUUGAAUGUGUCUCCUGUUUCGCUCGUUCAUAUUGGCUCUAGCAUAUAUAUUAUACAAAUGAUAUACAUGUAUUGGAGAGUCGAACUUUUUGUUGUUGUUAUUUUUCAUUUUUCAACUCAUACUUGUUGAAAUUCAUCGAGACUAGUUGCUUGGUUGAAGCUCAUAAUACAGAUUUUCUUCCGGCCACACCAGACCCAGAAAACCUUCUUUGGAGUUAUAUUCACUUGCCCAAUAUGUUGUUUCAACUCAACAUUAUUGUUAAUGAUUUGCCCUUCACAAUUCGCUUCAAAUGUGUAUUUUUAUGCUCCCGUGGCCGAGUGGUUAGCGUCACCCAUUAUCAUGCCGAGGGUUUGAGUUCGAUUCCCGUUCUAGUCGGGGUGUUUUUCGUCGAAGAAAUUUCUUGCACUGCACUUGCACUAAGGUCACGCAUAUUCAGGGGCUUGCCACUACAGAAUACAUUGAAGGCGUGUCAUUCGGCAUAGAAAUUUCAACUAGGUACUGCUAACAAAAAUGACGCAAGUAAUACCCAUGUUGAGAAGGGUAAAGUUCCACUGGAAACUUUAGUGUCAUUUAAGUCAAGCCAUGAAAUUUCGUUGCGUUUAUGAAACGAAUCGUAGAUUGAGAUGCGUUCCUUCAAACCCUAUCGGGUUGUGCAAAUGUUGCAACCUUGGACAAUAUUUGAUCUCGUUUGGUAUUCGAUAUGUCAAAUCCGAUCGUGAAUAUCGCCUUUUAUUACGACUUCAAAAGAUGUGAUCCUGCGCUGUUGGACGAAGCUUUGGCUAAUGUGGACUGGGUACUCCUUCUGUCUGACUGCCCAGUAAACACUGCUGUUUCCCGUUUCUACGAAGUCGUUAAUGCUCAAAUAGAUGACAAGGUACCGCUCAAGAAGAAAAAAUCGCAAAAGCACCACAAAUGCCACUGGUGGUGUAAGGAAUUAGGAACGAAUCGCAACAGACUUCGAAAAAUUCGCAAACGUUACUUCAAGAAUCGUUCUGCAGAAAACAAGCUAGCUCUCCAGAGCGCGGAAAGAACCUACAAUGAAUUGAAGAACGCUGCAUUUCGCAACCACAUCAACCGUUUGGAAAGAAAUUUUAAGCGCGAUCCGUCAUCUUUCUGGACCUUCAUCAGUCCAGAAAGAGUCUGCGAACCUUUUCGCUGACUUUUUCAGCAGCGUUUACACUAAUUAACCAUCCAUCGUUGAAAGCGAACUAAACUCUUCUCACACCCUUCAUCUCCCUCGCCUUGCAUUGUCACCUAGUGACGUUCAGACGGCGCCUUCAUCUGUAGAUAUAUCGAAAGGCGCAGGGCCUGAUCGCCUACCACCAUUGGUGUUAAAACAAUGCGCCACAUCGUUGUCGCUCCCCGUGUCGAUUCUCUUCAAUAAGUCGUUAUCUGAUGGAGUGUUCCCGAAGGCAUGGAAGAUCGCAUCGAUUUCACCAAUCCACAAAAGCGGAAAUAUCCACAAUGUUGCCAACUAUCGCCCGAUCUCAAUAUUGAAUUGUCUAGGUAAGGUUCUAGAGAAAAUGGUACAUGACGUCAUUAACCGCUCCGUUCGACAUGUUAUAUCAGAUAGACAGCACGGGUUUAUGAAAAGUCGCUCAACUACUACAAACCUGAUGACGUUUGUGCAUGGACUGAUUGGGAAGCUCGAGAAACGGAAACAGGUCGACACAGUCUAUAUAGAUUUUGCCAAAGCCUUCGACAAAGUUCCAUAGGCCUGCCGGAUUGGAUCACUAAAUGGACGCACUCUUACUUAACAAGUCGCGAGGGGUUCGUUAAGUUCAAUGGUGCCAUGUCUGGUACAUUCAACAUCCCCUUUGGAGUGCCACAGGGCAGCCACUUAGGACCACUCAUUUUCAACAUUUUUGUCAACGACAUCUGCAGUCUUCUUCGCUGCGAUUGCCUGAUGUAUGCAGACGACCUUAAGAUCUAUCGUACCGUGUCCUCGUCGCUGGACUGCUGUGUGCUACAGGAGGAUCUAAACUCACUACUAGAUUGGUGCUCUUCAAAUGGCAUGCAAGUGAACACUUCGAAGUGUAAAGUCAUGUCUUUCACUCGUCAACGCUCUCUAAUCGAUUUCGCUUACACAAUGGGUACAAGCAACCUGGAACGCUUUGAGAAAAUUCGAGACCUAGGCAUACUGAUAGACUCCAAAGCGAAAUUCAACGCUUUGAAGACCCUAUUUUGUUCUCUAGUUAGAAGCACAUUAGAAUAUACAGUACAAGUUUGGGCACCAUACCACAGAGAGCAAAUUACUCGAAUCGAAAACGUCCAGAAAACUUUCAUAAAAUAUGCAUUGCGCCGCUUACCCUGGACCAGUGUUGUAAACGGUCGACAUUUCUCUCAACCAUCAUAUACUGCCCUUGCUCAAGAGUUACGGCUCAAUAUGUAUUGCGAAUGUAACCAAGAAUGCAUUGCUCGGUUCUAACAGUCACAUCAGAAAUAAACGCACGGCCGCAAACACGACUAUCAAUUGAUCCUUUUUUAUGUUUUCUCUUUCUGUCGACCGUACCCAGAAGAGCGAUGAAAAUAUGCUAUUUCCAUUCUACCAUUCGUGCUCAUAACCAUCCCUCAAUUCCGGCUAAUAUGACUGUAGUUUUAAUGUAAUUUGACAUUAAAACUGCAGUGGUGUGCAUUCUUUUUCUCCCUUUAUUCUGCAUUCAAGCGUAGCUGCACAUAUACAUCCACCUGCUCACUCACACAUCUAUACACGAUGGAUGGUAUUCAGACGGAUUGCUAUAUCAAAGCAACCGUUGAACUCUCCCCUAUCAAGUGCGAAUGUGUUGAAUGAACGUUUUCAGCGGUGAGCGUUCCCCGUGAACACUGUUGUUUAAUUACAGGGCGAUGGAUAUCUAAUGUAUAGGACGAAAAAAAGCCGAAAUGUCAUAUGACAUUUUUAGUUCAACGGUUGCUUGACUGUUCAUUUUAUGAUGUUCAUUAAUGACACAGCACAUACGUCUCCAUGAACAGUCAUACGAUGGUGACCAUUAGCAACACUGCCCUGGACCAAUCCCGUAAUUUUUUUUUUUUUCUGUAUUAUAGUGACUUUCAACGUUUCUGGCUGGUUCGUCACUUUUACACCUUCCAUUUUGGAAGAAUGUCGGGAGUGAGAAUUGAACUCGUGAUCUUGAGCGUGAGAAGUAUGGAUGUUACUUCCACGCCAGAUCGGCUCCACGUCUCCCGUAAUAUUACCGGCAUAUGAGGAUCGAUGUAAAUUGAUCGAUUUAGAGACGUUAGCCAAGCGGCGGAUAAAUUCGCGCAGGCUGUUUAUAUUCGAUCUGAUCACCGGCCGUCUGGAUUGUUGCUACUUGCUAGAGAAUUUGAACUUCCAUGCACCUGUGCGAAAUCUCCGGAAUCGAGUCCUCUUGUGGGUUCCUGCUCAUCGUACUCAGUACGCCUAUUUCGAGCCUCUGAUCACCAGCAGUAGGCUAUUCAACGAAGUGACAGACGUUUUUGACUUCAACAUUGCAAAAAAUACAUUUAGAAAUAGAAUAAGACAAAUGAGAUAGUUAACUCUGUACUACUUUUAAAGUCGAAGACGAUACGAAAUAAAUAAAAUAUGAGUUAAUAUGUAGUCCAUACAUUGUAACGUUUUUCGUGCCCAUGCUUCACCAGGUGCUCAUGAGCGGUUUUAGACAUCUGUAACGAAUCUACUAAUUGAUAUGUCGAGUACUGAGCAUCAAAUCUUGACAAAUGGCUCAAUUUAAUUGCCAUCAGUAGCAUGUACUUUCCAGACAACCCACUAGAAGCGUAUUACAAAAAUUAUCAGAUAUCAAUAAAGAAAACAUCAUUGCUAGAAACAGAUCUCCAGAGAUACGGCCCGUGCACCAAUGGAAGAAUUUGUGGUUCAUUUAAAUUUUUGGGAAACCUUGGGAGCUCUCGAAAAAUGGAAACGAAGUGAUUUUGUGAUUUUGAAUACUACAAAAAUUCCAACAUUCUUGUUUAUGUUUACCCGACGGAAUUCAUGGUCCUCUAUUACAGAUUGGAAUAAAUUGGUAUCAGGGAAUAAGUUGUCAUAUGGAAAAUUAUGGAUGUUCGACUGGGCAGCAGUCUCAGGCAUCUCAGUCUUUUUGUUGAUGAAUUUUUAUUUUUAUAUCAUAGUUCUCAGGGCGAACGUAAAGUUUAAAAAAUCUUGUAAUUACGGAGCAGAUCUCAUUCAAUUUUAACCAUUAACAUGAAUGUUUUACUUUAAAAAAUAUUUUACGUUUACACGUUUCCAUUUUUGUAACCCCUACCCUCCCUAAAGUUGUCCACGUGGUAUGUGAACAGCCUCUUAUAUUUUCUGCAAACGCUAGUUUGGAUGUACCUACCACAAUGUGACAUAUUAUACAAACAGUGGAACCUCAGAAUAAUACAGAAACCAGUUCGUCCGAUACGUAUUUUGCCUGUUCCAGAGAAGCAGAAGUUGUCGAGUUCAAAUAAUUUUUCUUUGGAACAGAAUACACCUACGCAUUGCUAUCAUUCAUGUUUUGCCUCUAACUUAUUUUUUGUAACUUGCCUGAUCAGGAGCUUCCGAUUACAUCGUCAUGGUAAAUAAGCGUUUAAAAAAGUAAAGUUCAAUAGUGCUUCAUUAAAACAACAACACCUAAUACAGGUCGAACUCGAUUAUCCGGAGCAUUGAUUUUUUUUUCACUCCGGAUAAACGAAUCCUCCGGAUAAUCGAGUCAAAUCAUUUUUUUUUCUUUAUUUGUUUUUUUUUGCAUGUAUAUUUCGUUUUUUGAAAAUAAAAGAGAAAUUUGAUUUUUGAGUCAUCCCCUUAAAGUCAGAAAACACCUUUCUCACAUGAAAAACAUCAAUUUAUCCAGAUUCUCUCAGGAGGUGAUAGACGAUCAUAUUUUAUGGAAAAAAUCCUCCUACGCAUAUGUUCAAAUUUCAACAAUGACAGAGUUACAGAACUUUUUUUUUGUUACUGACUCUGUUGCUUCAAACUGGCUCUACAUUCAAAAGUACGCUACGGAAGACGAUUCUGAUACUUUCAUUUGAAAUAUGAGAAAAUUCAGUACAGGAUAUAGUAGUGGAACAACUAAAUUAGUGAAUUUUAAUUACAUUUUGGAAGGGUUUGGAAGUGGAAGUGAAACACUUAAAAGUUGAUAAUUUUUAAUGUGUUAUGAUUAAUUUUAUCCUAAAAAAUUAUAUUAAACUAGAAUGUUUCUAUCAAUUAAAAUAAAGUUCUUUAACCGCUCCACUAUUUGUUUAUUGACGCACAACUUCUAUCUUUCUUAAUUUGGCUGCAAUAUCGAUAUAAACAAUUCCUGGUGAAAAUUCACGCAAAAUCUUCAAAAAUCACGAUUUUUACCCCACUGAACAUGUGAUAGCCACUUAAACUUCGCCUUAACGUUGAAAGGUUACAUUUCUUCAUGAAAUAAGCCAUAUUUGAAAUAUAUAAAAAAAAAAUAUUUGUUUUCCAAACUGAAUAUAAUCGAGUCCAUAAUUGUAUAUAAUCGAAUCACAUAUAAUUGAGUCUGUAUAUUAUCGAGUCCGACCUGUACUGUAUUCUAUUAGUCAAAUCAUUUCAUUUGAUACCAAUAUUGAGAGGAUUGCAAAAAAUACAUAGUCGACCAUUUUGUGGCGGAGACCUUUUCGAGUUUAUGUUGUUCAUAGUGUAGUGUAUCCCAAAUCAAGUCAUUCAGCCAUUUUUUUGCGGCGGUCAAAUUGAAUUUUUCAAGACCAUGGAACACGCAGUUUUGACAGUAGAAUUGAAUGUAUGUUCCAAAUUUCAGAUCAACCAUUCAACAGGAACGGGGUCAAUUUUCUAUUAAUGUGGGACAACCCAACAAACAUUCAAACAUACAUAAAAACAGGUUAAGCUGAAUGAAACCAUUCAAAAAUUAAUUAGUUGUUUGGGGACUGCGACCAUCUUAAAAUUGGAUUUUUCAUUAUCUGCUGUGUUCUACUAGUCAAGAACUUUCUUUUGAUACAUUUUUGGGCAUUUUUCAUAAAUAACUGUAUUCUACUAGUCAAGCCCUUCAUUUGAUACCCAUGUUAAUGGGGUUGUGAAAAAAAAAUAUAUGGCUCCAUCUUGCGGUGGCAGCCAUUUUGAAUUUCUACUAGUCAAGCCCUUUCAUUUGAUACCCAUAUUGAUGGAGUUCUGAGAAAAUAUGCAAUCCGCCAUUAUGCAGUGGCCGCCAUCUUGGAUUUGCAUUUUUCAUAAAUAACUGCAUUCUACUAAUCAAGCCCUUUCUUUUGAUACCCAUAUUAGCUAUUCAAUAUAGAAUUAUUAUACAAAUUAUUCAAAAUUUCUGAAAAUCAAAAAUAAAAUAAUCCGGGUAUUUCCACAACAUAAACACCAAUGUAUACUCAAUCUGAACUCUGGGCGUCUGACAUAGCUGAUCCGUAUUUUGGAUAUCAUUAAUUCCCGAACUGCGACCGCAUCAAUUCUCUAGUUGUUUAUUUCUUAAUUAUUUGCAAAAAUCUUCGCAUGAAAAAAUCCACGGAAUCCAACAAUUUCUGAUAUGUGACCCUAUUGAAUUACAACAAGUCAGUCGGUCAAGUCAUUUUGUUACAUUUAUGAUUUGAUAAAUGUAGUGAGCGAAGAUUCUUUCUCCAAACAAAUCGCGACCAACGUUUCUAUUUUGAUUUUUCGAUUUUCGGUUAUGAAAUGUACAGAAAACUUCACAGAAAAAAAACCGUGAAAACAGUUUGUCGCUUGAGCAAGUGAACGAAAGUGAAACGAAAAACAAAAAUCUUCAUAUAUACAAACACCAUUAACAACAAAAAAAACCAUACCUAGAUAGAGAGUAAGCAAAAAAGAUGAAUCACAGAAUUAAACACAGGCAAAUAAGGAAUCAUGUUAGGGAAAAAUGAGUACUAAUCACAGAUGAGAUAGAAUUCAGCCUGGAUCAACAAACAAUUUAAGUGUAAUAUAAACAGAACAAAAAUUGGGAAGACGAAACAGUUUCAAAAUCGGAUGGGAUGAAAAACAAACAAAAAGCAAACGAGAUUCUAUUUUUCUAUUGCGUACAUCUAGAAGAUAGGAGUGCAAGCUUAUUAUAGCGCUGCAUCAAUCGAUAAUAAGAGAGCAGAUUAUAUAACGGUUAACUUUUGUCAGUUUUGUAAAGAAUCACAAACAAAAAAAAUCAACACAACCUUAACAGCUUAGCAGCAAGAGAUCAGUAGAGAAGAAACAGAAACAAAUCUUACAUAGAAAUACGUAUUGUUAUGAAGUUCAAAUCCUAUGCAAACGACAGCCAACAAAACCGUAAAACUAAUAGAGAUUUUAGUGAAUCAGCCAAGAAGAGUAAAAAAGGGUUGCCAGUGAUCUGGCACACGUGUGAUCGAACACUGGCAACGUUUUGUUUUUCUAUCCGUUUGGAUCCAAACAUGGCGACGAGAAAACGUAAAAAGACCACUGCCCACAACAAAAAUAUGCAUCGAUCCUUGCACAUGAGUGGUUAUUCUGAAUCAAACGUACAAAUUUUCAAAUCAUUACAUUAUUUUUCAAAAUAGUACACAGAGAAAAAAACGAACAAAUCAUCAGAGCAGAAAUGCAAACUUACGAUUGGUACCGAAUUGGUGGCCUCGAUCAAGGAAAUAAUGGUAACAUCCUUCCCCCCCCCACUAACUCCCAUUCCCACGAAAUUCAUUAGAUAACACUCUUAAUGUUCAAUGUGAAAAUGGAAGAUACAAACUUUCAGUUCAAAUCACCCCUAGAUAUUUACUCACUCUCUCUCUCGUAUGAAUGUGGAAAUGUAAUUAAUGUUCUAAAACUGUGUGAAGAACGGUAUCCAAGAGGAGGGUAAAAUGUUGACCACGAUUGGGAAUGGAAGGCGAAUGUAAAUACACACUUACAAAGACUAUGGGAGAAUAAGGGAUUUUCUGGUCACCCUAUUAGGGAUCCGAGAGCGGAAUAAUCUGAUGAAUUGAUGUUUUCUAGAAACAAAAAACAAGUAAAAAUUCCAUAUUGGCUCUAGAGUUAGGAACAUAAAAUAAUUAGGACAAAUUGUAAAUUAACCAAUUGGCUAACCAAACCAAAAUAAAUCAACGAUUGGACAUUGAAAAUGCACGGUGAUUGUUGCCUAAAAAAUUAUGUUAAAUCAAAACAAAACGCUCUUAUCAAAGCAUAACUACCAUUCGGCUAUGUUUCGUGGUGAGGUCCAGGUUUCCGGAGUUUUGGACGGAGAAACAAAUGAUGAUGUGUGAACAAAAAGUCUGUAAAAAAUGUGUUAUUAUUUCGAUGUGUACAUUCGAAAAGAAACUGUUAAAAGUGUAAUCAAAUCCAAGUGCAAUUUUUUUCAAAAUACCGAAUAGAUUUUUUAUCUAAUCAAAAUUAAUCGUAAUUUGACAUUUUAACUAGAGGCUAAGUAAAUCAAAAUUUUCCCAACUUUUUGGUGUAAAUAAUGAGAAUCAGAAUCGACUUCAUCAGCUUAUUCGAGUGCGCGCGUGUUUAAUGUUGUGCGGAAGGGGGGGGGGGGCGGUAAUAAGGGAGGGUCGAAUCGCUUUGAAGCUCUUUUGUAUACGAGGGAUAAUUGCGCCAAUUACCGGAUUCCGGAUCCCGCCAUAGGGUGGCCAGGAUGAUGCGAAAUGGUGGGCUGUGUACUACAGUAGAAAUUAUUGUAAUGUUUCUGUACAUACAAACAGUCAACAGACAAACACAAACAGACAUACACACGCAGAGACGGAGGAUGAAAUGUGAAACUCGAGAAAUUUGUUACCAAGAUUUUUGUCAUAAUUUAAGAUGAAAUCCGCUUUGUGUUUUCCUCAGCGAAGCAUGAGCUGGGUUUGUACAACAAGUGAUUCAAUACUAGACCACAUAAAGCACACACACACACUCACACUCAUUCAUACACACAUACCAGAAACAAAAAUUUAUUGUUAGUAACGAAAUUAUAUUUAAAAUAGACAAGAAAACAACAUCUGAUUGGAUCAAAAAAUAACAGAAGUAAAGUUACAAAAAUGAAAUGGAUGAUGGUACACAGAAAUAGUGCUAGAAGUGUAAGUAUAUAUAUACAUUAUUAUACUUAUAAUUAAUAUGAACUUCAUCAUACCGAUAUUAUUGGAUUGUAUUUAAAGGUGAACCAGAAAACAAAAAAAAACAACACAUUGUAAUUAAUAUUGAACUAUUAUAUAUUUGAUUCAUAAAGAUGAAAUAAAU